UCUUUCUUUCUCACUCCGGCGAUGGAUCUAGAGGUCAGCGACCGCCAUGCCCUCCUCUUUGCCGAUGACUCCACGUCGGCGUUCUUCAACUGCUACGAUGCACAUUUGUCCCAGCCUUGAUGUACAAAGUCAUUUUAUAUCUGUUGCUGGUGAGAGAUGGUAGGUUUCCUAUGAAUUUAGUCGAAGUGCGCAAAAGCAGGCCCGAACGCCACGUUUAUCAAAGUAUAAAAAUUGCCUUAGGUAGAAAUUGGGCCCAACACCCGAGCCAACUUGCCUAAUUCAACAGGCCCAAAUCCACUAUAACAAAAACACACUCUCCAAUCUUAUUGCUCCAAAAAUUCCGAAAAUUCCCAAUUCCCUAGGGUUUCUAUCUUUCUCAUUCCGGCGAUGGAUCUAGAGGUCGUCGGCCGCCAUGCUCUCCUCUUCGACGAUGACUCCACGGCGGCGUUCGUCAACUCCGGCGAAGCUCUUGUUGAUUGGAACUCUCUUCAGAUUGAUCGUUACGAUGUUCGACACCUUCUCUCCGGUCCUCCACCGUCACGACGGCGGUCUCAGUCUUCUUCUUCUUUGGUUAACUCCGUUGAUGCUUCGAUUCAGCUCGAGCUUGAUCAUGAACGGUACCUUGAUCUUCCUUCGCCUUCAGAUGAACCAGAAGUAGAAGAAGGUGAAGAGCCGGCAGAUGCUGGUGCUUAUCGUGCUGUUGGUUUCUCAUAUGGAAACACUGAUGAUUUUGCUGACAGAAAGAGUUCUGAGGCCCAGGAAAGCUCCGACUUCCGUCCCUCCUUUCCAGUGCCGGAAAGCCUUCUUCAGUGCUUGCCACCAACAGAAAAGUUACAUCAGAUAAUUGCCAGGACUGCUCUGUUUGUGAGCAAACAUGGUGGGCAGUCAGAGAUUGUUCUCAGAGUGAAGCAGGGAGACAAUCCAACAUUUGGGUUCUUAAUGCCUGAUCACGCUCUUCAUGCAUACUUUAGGUUUCUUGUUGAUCAUCCCGAACUUUUACAGUCUGAUAGUGAUUUGAACACUCAAGGUGAAGGGAAAAAUACUUCUAAUGAGCACAAGGAACAUGAUGGUGUUGGAGGUGCUUUAUCUAUGCUUGGUUCUGUAUAUGGGUUUGGGGAGGAUGAGGAGCCUGCAAAUGGGGAUGAUCCUGGAUCCAGAGUUUCCAGUGCACCGGUUGAUGUCUCUGAUAUCUCUAACAUUUCCCGUCCGCUUGAAAGGGCUGAAUCUAGUUCUAAGGCAUUUGAAAAUGGUGUGAGAGAAAAAGAUGAGAAAGUUUCAACUCAUUCUCUUCGUUCUGGUAAAGAUAAAGAAAAGACUCCUGCAAUGAAAACGAAUAAUUUGAUUAGUGCUUCCAAGAGCGGAAGUAGAAGGAGCACGCGGAAGGAAGAUAACUCUAGUUCGUUGGCUGCAUCAAAAAAGACAAAGUUAGAUAUUUCUGGUUUAGGAGCUAUGACUAAGCCUGGACCUUUGGUGGAGCCUCCAUCUGAAUUGAAGAAAUUGAUUGAUAAGAUUGUAGAGUUCAUUCUGAAGAAUGGAAAGCAGUUUGAGUCUACUCUUAUGGAACAGGACAGCAAACACGGGCGAUUCCCGUUUCUUCUUCCGUCCAACCAGUAUCAUCCUUACUAUCUAAAAGUACUCCAGAGAGCUCAAGAGUCAAAAGUCCAUGGAUCAGAAAAGAGAUCUUCUUUGAAGGGAAGUGAUUCUACCUCUUUAGGAUCUGCAGAGAAUGAUCUGCCAUAUGUAUAUGAUAAGAAAGAGAAGUUUAAGAUGGUGAUUGGCAAAUCCAAGAAGGAAACACAAGACUCUUCGGCUAGAGCUUCACAGCAAGAGGUUGAGGUCGGUGUGGACGCUGCUGCUGCUGCUGCUAUCCUUCAGGCUGCCACUAGAGGUAUUAAGAAACCCAAUUUGAGUAUCAUCUCAGGCUCAUCUAAGAACGGCGAUAGUCAGGGUCACAGCAGUGAUGGUGCCCAAGCCUCAAGCUUCUCCAAUGUACCUCCGCGUGGGCCCAGUAUAGUUGGUCAGAAGUCGGACAAGAGGAUGGAACAUAGUGUUUCGAUUCCAAAGGUGAAGGAAAUUGCAAAGUCUGCUGCCGCUGAAGCUGCAGGUGAAGCAGAUUCCUCUGAAGCACACUUGAGCAAAGAGCAGAAGCUAAAAGCGGAGAGGCUGAGAAGGGCGAAGAUGUUUGUUGCCCUUUUAAAAGGUGGAGCAGCUCCUGCCAAAAGAGAUUCACUUGGAGGGUCAGUGGAACUACAAGAAUCUGCCAUAUCAGGCUCUGUUGCAGAGACUAAAGUUGUUACUAAAGAAAGAGAGGGCAGUGCAGCUCCGGCAGAACUGACUGCUAGGGAGAGGGAAGGCAGUACAGCUCCAUUAAAUAACAAUAUGUCGAAUGAAAAUGAGAUAUCUGAAAUGAAAAAUACUGUUGAAGAGCACGAGCGGCGAGCUAGAAGGAAAUACAGGUCAAGAUCUGGUAUGCACAAAGAUGAGGAUGAAGAGGAAGAGAGACAGGAAGAAGAGGAGGAAGAGGAACAGCGCUCUAGGAAGAAGCGCCGCUCUUCAAGAAAAGAUGACGAGGAAGAAAGUGGUGAGGCAAGGGAUGAUAAGCGAUCCAGAAAAAAGAGGCGAUCACGCCGUCAGAGACACAGAGAUAGUGAAAAUGCUGAUGGGGAUGAGGAUGAUGAAGAUACUAGGCGAUCAAGAAAGAAGCAUCGCAGGCGACAUUCAUCCCCCGAAGAUGAUGACGAGCAAAGAGAUGCAGAGAGACAUCAUAAGCAUGGAAGGAAAAAACAUUCAAGUCAUCGGUCUUCACGUGAAAAUAGGAAAGAUGAUUAUGAGGGGGAUCAUAAGCAUUCCAAGAAGAAACGUAAAUCUCACAGAAGCUCCCACCGCAGCAGAGACAGACAUGAACACAGGACGAAGGAUUCUAGUGAUGAUGAGUCCGAUAGAUCCCGUAGAACCUCCCAUCACAGUAAAGAUAGACACAAACUCAGAACAAAAGAUUCUAGCGACGAUGAACCUGAACACAACCAUAAGCAUGCAAGCUCUUCCGACGAUGAAGAGCAGCGGUAUGACAGGGCUGAUAAGAAUGAUAAAGGUACAAAAGAAAGAGAAGAACUGGAAGAAGGUGAGAUCCUUGCCAAAGUGUCGGAUCAAUCAAGAGGAAGUUUGGGAGGUUCCGUCAGCAGAGAAGCUUCAGUGGAUGUAUCUAGUUCCCAGCAAAGAGCCUCGUCUCAGCCGUCUGAAUCUACUGAGAUAUCAGAUGAUCUUAGGGCCAAAAUCCGCGCAAUGUUAAUGGCGACUAGGACGUAGUUAAGGAAUCGCCAAUCUCGGUACAUUACCUAGAGAAUCCUUUGCAUUGUAAAAACUCCUUGUUGAAUCUUGAUUUACUAUUUGAUAAUUCUGAUUUUCA